AUCUUUACGCAUGCGCAGUUCAAUUGAUUAACACCAGCAAACGCGGUAGAUAACAACUGGUCCUCGGUGCAUGGAUCUGCAGUGAGAAGAGCGAGCACUCCAGCCAGGGGUAAGACUGAGACUUUCGCUGGAUGUAAAUCUGGUUAGAGGGAAAGCUUUAGUUGUGGAUAAAAAUCAACGAGAGACUGAGCCGCAAUCUGUGAAGUGUGCGAUGGAGAAAAGUGUGAAAGCGACUGUAUGGCCGCGAUGACUCACUGCUGUCAAGAGCUGCUGGUUUAUCUGUGCGCUGAGUUAAACAUUUUAAAUUCAAAGUCAAAUCAAAAGCUACAUAUGCCUACGGUAUUUUGUACAAGUACGCUUUCAUUUUUUUAAUAAAGGGCAGUUGAGAAAAUGUGUUGCAGUAGCCUAUUUCUGGAUGAUUUUCAGCGGACAGAGAGAAAAAGGUUUUCUUUUUGACCGAACUUUAUUGACUUUAUCUCAUAAGCUUUGGGUCAAGCUGGAAAUGAGUUUGAGUGGACUCAGAAGUACUGUGGACAGCGCACUUUAUGUAACACCUUUUACCAAAAAGCUAAGUGAUUGUUUUCAAAAACUGUUUUAUUUUCAUUUUGAAGGACAGCAAAAAGAAAAUCAACUCUAGUCUGUGCUCUUAUGUUGGCAUGGAAAGUUAACCUUCCUGGAAGUUUUAUCUAAAUUACUUCUUUCUUUAGUUAGAAAUAGACCAGGCCUCCCCAGCCAAAUCAACUGGGCUCACAAAAGGUUCUUAUCUGGAGUAAGCUUAGUGAUAACUCUCUCUAGCAUUAUGAGUUUGGCUCACAGGAAGGUGCAAACCUUAACAUUCCUGGUUCAGGGCAUUCUCUGGUAAUGAAUUAGUUUUCCAGGGUUCUGAAAUCAGGUUCAACAGACUGGAAUCAGACAUUUGUGGUAACCAAGUGAAACAGGGACAGAAUAGAUUAACAUCAAUUCAACCACCUCUGGAGAAGUGUAGCAGAGAGAUGUGUGCGCAUUUAUAUAAGGAAGAGUGAGCACACCCACAUAUGGUGUGACUCAUCCUAUCCAUGGUGAUAAAGCCACCCUGGGGCCAGGGUAGUUGUCAAUUGUUCACAUGCAGCAACACCAACUGGGGUCACCUGACACAGGCCAAGAUUUAUGAAUGUCUCUGAUGGGAGAGAGGAUUUUAUUGAGGAAAAUCCACAUUCAUUCAGGAGACAAACUGUGUUUGUGUUGCAGCAGCCUACCAGACAUCAUGGUCACAUAUGGACCUGUUCAGUACCCUAAUGUGCAUUUUGGUUUGUGUGUGUAUCUCUUACUGUAGGUGUGAGAGGUGUGAUGGCACUGUGCUCCGAGGCCUGUGUCCCAAGCUUAGGAGAGGAAUCCUAUGGGAAUGAGGUAAACUUUGGGUACCCUGGGUGUCAGUUCUAAUGUCUUUGAUUUUGAUGUACAAAAAACAUGUAGUUGAAGGAAAUGCAUUUUUACUUAAACGUCAAGUGUACAAAAAAUGAACAGGGGUGAGGUUUGUUCUGAAGUCAAAAGAGACCAAAGGAAUUAUAUUAAGGUGAUCAGACGUCUCCGGUUUCCGGGGAUAGUCCCCGAAUUGGAUGACCUGUCCCCGGCAAAAGCUGUCCCCGAAAAUGUCCCCGAUUCAAGUAUUUCAUGAAUGAGAACAAAAUUUUGCAUGUAGGCUAGAAUAACGGUUAUUACAGUGGCCGAAUGGGUAGGUGAGCAGUUCUAAACAUCAGUUUUUACAGGGGUUAUUACAAGGGGCGUGCAAUGCUACUAAAUAGUACCGAGAUGUUGUCUGUGAUCACGCAGCCCAUGCACCCCUGCACCGAAUGUCCCCGGAUUUCAUUACAGAUAUCUGGUCACCUUAAAUUAUAUAUUGAUUAAGUACAGAUUUAAAAUCUGUAUAACCUCACAUUUGGUAUGAUUGGAAUUCAUUUUAGGAUCAGUGUAAAAGUCGAGUCAGGUUUUUGGAAUUGGAGACAGAGGUGCAGCUCUUAAAUUUUGUUCAGAAAAUCCAUUUUCCAAACCCUAAAACUGUGGAACAUUGAUUUGUGUUAAUAAUUAAACUCUAACUAACCAAGCCACUCUGUAGGUUUAUUUACUCCCCUUUAUUUUCUUACUUUUUCCUACUUCCCUUGAGCUGUAUUGAUACUGGUGUCGAUACUCAAAUAAUAAUGCAGGCUUAUACAGUGGUUGAGUUCUCUCUGGUAAUUUGCUCCCUGUGAAAAUAAACUCUCAGGCAGGUUCAAGCUGCACUCAGUUCGGGGUUCGUUCCUACCUGCACCACUUCUACGAGGAGUGCUCAUCCACUGUGUGGGAGAGUGACACAGAUGCUCAAGGGUUCGUCCAGAGUCAGAGGCAAACCCUAUGGUCCAACUCAGCCAUCUGGAAGGUACAGUAACCUUAGCCUUAAACCUGUGUUCCUGUGUGAACACAAGAUUUAAAUGCUUGAUACACAAUGAGUGAUGCAUCAUUACAGUGCAGAGAUCAUAGGUUAUAACAAAGGUCAAAGAGCAGGGUGAGAUAUUUAAACCUUCUGUGCAUUUGCCAAAUUUUAAAUGUUAGCUUCACAAACAACAAAAUGACCUUUGCUAGCAAGAAGUGUGAAGAGCUAAUAAGGCCACUAGAAGGGCUACAAAAUGAACAUGUAUUUGAUCAUUUCUGUCCCUUUCUUUCAAGGUGUCCUUGGCUCUUGGUCUCCUGCUCCUGACUGCAGGAAUUACCAGUUUAUCAGCUGGUUACGCCACUCCCCACAAAAUUGAAUCAUUUGGUGAGGGAGACCUAUUUUUCGUAGACACCCGGGCUGUCAGCUUCAACAGAGGGUUGCACAUCAGCACUGCAGCCGGGAUCUGGCUCACCUGUUUCGGUUCAGCCCUGGCAGCCAUGGGGGUUGUUGUUUGGAUCCUGCCUAAGACCGACUUGAAAGAGAGGAUCUUCCCCAGACAAAAGCCAGUGGGACAAACUGGAGAGUCGGGGUCAAACUGGAGAAAAUUUAAGGUUCCAAGAGAUGCAGUCACUAAGCCACCAGGUAAAGAGGAGGGGGAAUUACCUGUAAUACUGUCAAAAGUGGAAAAUGUUCAGCCCACUUCUAUAAAGUGAUCUCUACACAGCUACAUGGUACACAGGCCUUUCUUUAAGCUCUUGAACUGCUUUUAGUGGUCUUGUGAUUAUUUUAGCAUGUGCUUUUUUACCCAGCCAUAGUACUAGCCAUCAAACAUCUUUUUAGCUUUGCCUGGUUUCUUUAGCAAAGAGACUGAACACAACUCACCCACUCUCUUCCAGCAGCCGCUUGUUUGUAGGGCGAGCUCGGGAGAGUCCGUCACUGAGUGCAGCGGAGUUACACAGCUCAAGGAGGAACAUUUAUGAUCAUUUCUUCAUGGAAAUGCAAUCAGACCACGAUGCUGAGGCAGAAGAACUACUGCGUCUGCAGUGCAAAAUGAUUAAUAUGAUGAUCAUUACUUCAAGGAAAUAAUGAAGUAAUGAUCAUAAAUGUUCUUCCUUGAGCUGCGUCACCCCGCUGUAGUUGUUGAUCAAGAGAGUGGGCCUGUUGUGUUUGGUCUCUUUGCUAAAGGUAACCAGGCAAAGCGAAAAAGAUGUUUGGUAGCUAGUGCUAUGGCUGGGACCCUAUAUGUACUGUUGAUAAAGUUAGUUGCUGUUCUGAGCAUUAUUUCUGGCUAUAGAGUGGCUUUUUGGUUGAGGUUUGUGCAUGGAUCCAUAGACCGCUGUGUAUUGCUAUCAUACGUCUAACUCUAACACGUGUGUGAACAUAUUUUUGAACAGGAGAAAAAAACUACACAAUUGCGUGCUGUUUAUUUUGUAACUGACCAUUUGCAAGCUUGCCUUUUUAAUUCCAUGUCAGUGAAUACCUUAAACAGUAAACAGUACAUUUGAGAGAACAGUGAGAGACCUACACAUAGUCGACCACCCUUUCUGUGGUUAGCCCACAGAAGUUAAUCUGCAUGAUUCUCAUGUAGUGUUUUAGGUAAUAUCCAGCUCCACCUCUUUAAAAAGCACUAGUCAAUCAGGCCUUUCCCAUUGCCGUUUUUUACCAACCAUUAAAAAGCACAAAGAUACAAUGGGGGCUGACAGUGAUUGAGCUUUGAGCCGGAAACUGAGGUACUGAUAAAGCUGCAUGUACAGGAGAGCUGAGAACUGAGUGUUGGUGUGUGUGGUAGUUUAGUUACUCAUUGGAGAAGCAGCAUUGCAGCACUUAAGACUAAGAUGGACAACUUCUUCUCAAUGUGUGUGUGUGUGUGUGUGUGUGUGUUUGUGUGUGUGUGUGUGCGCGCGUGUGUGUUUUUAAUCCAAUUAAAUCCAAUGUUGGCGGCCCUAGGACUUUAAUCAGAGAUCCUGUUCUAUGGUGAAAGUAACCAUGUAGUUGUUGACUAUAGACUAUGGGCCUGAUCUACUAAAGGUUUGCGUGUACAAAAAUGUGCAAACUUGAUGGUGCGGGCAAAGCUGAUCUACUAUCCAGGUGCACCGAGGAUUGCCUCUGUCAAAUGAGCAAAACAGCGAGUGCAAACGAUUUAACGUGCUUACCACUUUUGCACCUGUUAUCAAUUGCCCACACAAUGAUAGUAGAUGAUUAUAUUUAUGUGUCAUGGCCAACCUUUAUGGGUUUACAAGACACCAAAAGUAUUUUUACAGCGCUUCAAACAUUUCAAAUUAUGAUAAUUAUUACGUUGCAUCUUCCGUUCAAAGCUUGCUACUAAACAUUACAGUCAGUCUUUUUCCCAGGCUUUGCAGAUAAAAUCUAAAAACACAACUCAACUUUUUCAUAAUCAUCCAAACAAAAGAAUCUGCAGGAAAUUUUUGAACAAACACAUCGCUUUAAUCAUCAUAGACUUGACUGUAAAACAGAAAAUGAAUCUUAUUUUCAAUCACACCAAAGUCACAAAACAAACAGAUUCUGACCUCCCCAGGUUUAGUCUUCGACUCACCUGUUUCUAAAGCUAAUGUUAGGUUCCUGAGUGCAACUGUGCACAGAGAGUUCUUUGACUUUUGGUUAAAUUAUACUGCACAUAAGAUUCCUCAUCAUAACUACUCUUUAUCAGACACAAUAAGUUCUUAGUUUUGGUUUACACCAUAUAACAACAGACUGUAUUUCCCUGUACUUUGUAAACAUAUUGCACCUGAUUUCCUACGUUUCACAAAUUAACCUAUUUUGAAAAAUAAAUGACUUGAUAUCCUCUUAAAUCUCAUUAGCCCAGGGAUAACAAACAAUGAAGGGUAUCCUAUAUAAAUAUCUCCUGUGUGAGUCUCUGGUAGUCCAACAUCUUCACAAGUCUAUUCCAGAGACGAACCAUUUCAUAUUUAUGUCUGAUGUUUGGCUUUCAUCCUAUAUCUCCAUUCAUAGCUGGCACUGAUGUAAAUUUAUGAAAAAAUCUUAUUGGUCUAUGAUGUAUAGAAUUACUGCUUGGAUAUUCCCAGAACUCCAGGGCACCAAAUGCAUUAUCAGACACAGGACACACACUUGAAUUAUAAAGUUGUAUAUACAAGUAUGGUAUCCCAGACUACCACACUGCUUAACUUUGUCUUACACAGAUGCCAGAGCUCUACCUGCCGACUGAGUAAAAACACUUAAGGCAUUCUUGGAACUAGAUCAGUUCCAGAUCUCCUCCUCAUUGAUCUAUAAGGACGGACUACACAACCAGAGAUCAUUGAGAUUUAUACAGUUUGUUGUCCCCAGAGUGCGAACUGAAAUGGGAAAGAAGGCUUUCAGGUUCUCUGCAUUGAAUAAUCUGCAGACUGAAUUUAAGAUGCAAAACUUGUUGUCUUUGACUGUUUUUAAAUCUGCAGUUAAAACGCUGAAAUACAAACUCCCAGAAUGUAUCUGUUUUAACUGAUGUUUCCUCACAUUUUUGUUCUGUAUUGAGUCUGUGUGACUGUUUGUUGUAACUAUGUAUUGCUGCCAUUCUUGGUCAGGUCUCCUUUGCAAAUGAGAUCCUCCGAUCUCAAUGGGACAAACCUGGUUAAAUAAAGGUUAAAUAAACAAAUAAACUUAGGGCUCUAUUUUCGUGCCUCGCCGGCAGCGUGGCACAGGUGCAGCGCAGGUCAGGUCCACAUUUUGGUAUUUAGGUGAGUGGUGCAACCCGGCGUAAGUAUCCCCCCCCUUUUUUUUUUUUUUUUUUUUUUUUUUUUUUUACCAAUCACACCAGCUCCUCUCCUCACCUUUAAAUCCGCCACCGGCAUAAUAUAACUCAUCUGAUCACUAAAAUAAAUAAUCUGUUCAGCCUUGCCGCUGUAGCAGCAGGACGGUAAGAGGGCACGGAGACAUGUCCAGGUCGAGCUGCGUGAGAAAUGAGAGGAUGAGGAAGAUAGAAAAAGGGGGGAGAAGAAUUAAAUAUCUUGUUAACUUCAUCAUGUGUGUCUGUUUACUGGAUAUUUAAUUUAAUGCGAUUUCAGCUGUGUUAAAUCGGUCAGGUUGAAUGUCCAAACGCAUGCCAAACGCACUCAGACAGAUAAAGAUUGGAAUAUAUUGAUAUAGAUGUAAAUGUAUGCGCCGACUCAGAUGGUUGCACUAAAUAUUAGUUGUUGAUUAUUUAUUGCACUGAAAUGUGCCUGACACUGUGGAAACCUGCCUGUGAGGCAUUGGUGAUGUGUGCGCACUAAGCCGCCGGUCUACCAAAAUACCACUAGACCAGCUGCGCUCCUCCUGCGCUGAAAGCUGACCAGGUUUGAAUCGACGAGCUUUCAGCGCACUUCCCACGCCGCUGGUGAGCACGAAAAUGUCACUGGGCUAGCUGAUUGUGUUGACACCUUCCCUUACUGCGCCACCACGCCUAGCUUGGCGGACCUCAGUGCACCUCAGUCUUUGAAAAUAUCAAACUGGCUGUGUGCCGGGCUCUGCCAGACGAAAAUACAACUGCGCAGGCUGCGCCACCCUCCGCCACGCCACCGGCAGGCACAAAAAUAGAGCUCUUAGAGCUUCUUUAAAUGUUGUGUUCACCUAAUGUUAUGAUUGCACCAUUGAUCCUAAAUUAAAAACAACAGAACUUCUUAUUGAUGUUUCCACUGGAGCUCAGCCUGCAGUGUUGAACAUGUUUAGUCCCACACCCUCACAUGUUCAAUUCGUGCUCAAUUGUCAGUACCACUUAUUUUCUCCCCACUGUACUCUGGCUUCCAUAAUUGCCCACAACCUGUGUCUCCAGGCAACAGUUGGGCUUCAAGUGCUGUCUUUUCAACUCGGAUUGAAACCUUUUUCCUAAUUGGCCAAGCACUUUUCCUUUCUCUGUUUUUACACCAAUCACAACUAAGCUCACACCAAUGUACAUCUACAGGCAAAUACAGUUCCAAGUGGUUGAUUAAGCACUGAGAAGAGAGGAAAUUGCACCGGUACCUUGCAGGCCUCUUGUCUGAUCUAGUUCUAUGAUUUUGUGAAACUGCUUUAAAUUAGAGUGUUAUCUAGAAAAAUUGUGGAAAAAGAAUGAUGUCCUAAUUACUUAACUGCAUUGGUUAAAAGUGACAGCACUGUUUGAGUGUAUACUUAUUGAAUUUACUGUCAUGAUUUUUCAAUGAGAUGAGAAUUAAAUGUUAUCAGGUUAAAAUAAAUGACAGAAAUAAACGUGUAAUCUGCAUACCCAACUUUUUAACUGAGUAAGUUUUUUUUUUUUUUU